GAAAAUGUGUCCAAAAAGCAUUUUGAUUCGAGAAAUCCUGACAGCGAGAGUUACUUCCUAUUGGCUUACUUUUAACUCCGCCUACUCUACUGAUACUUCCCUCCCCUCAUUCGAAUUCGGUUGUUUCACUUAAGCAGAUUUUCAUCUCAGUGUGAUCGGGAACUGAUGGAAUCUCCAGAUCUUGGAGUUCGAGGAGUUCGCCGACCCAAGUGCGCUAGGUGCCGAAAUCAUGGAGUUAUCAGUUGGCUGAAAGGUCAUAAGCGCCAUUGUCGAUUUAGGGACUGUGCAUGUGCAAAAUGUUCUUUAAUUGCUGAAAGACAAAGAAUCAUGGCUGCACAGGUUGCUUUAAAAAGACAGCAGGCAGCUGAGGACGCCAUUGCUAUUGGCCUACGUGCUGUGGCUACUGGAACACCAUUGUCUUAUUUACCACCAGGACCUAUAUUUGGUCUACCAAUGGAUGCUAACAAGAAUCUUAAGGAACAAAUGCAAAGGCAAGCAAGGAAAACUCCAGAGAAAGUAACACUAGAAAAAAUGGAUGGUUCGUCACCUUGCCAUCCGGAGCAAAACAAAUGCAAAUCCCGAUCCAACGGGCGACCACCGUCUUCAGACUUUCCAAGUCCUGGAGCACUUCCAGCAGAUUUCAGACCAGGAAGAUUAAGUCCAAUAGAAAUCUUACAUCGAAUUUUUCCAAACCAAAAGAAGACCGUCAUGGAACUUGUUCUCCAAGGCACCAAUGGUGAUUUAGUAAAAGCCAUUGAACAUUUUCUGUCUGCCAAUGAUGCAAUGUUCCUACCUCACCCACCAGUUUCAUACGGUUACACUUUAACCAAUCAGGAUGUGCCUUUUGUGCCAAGACCAAUGCCCAGGCUUACUCUGGGAUCUAUAAAGUCAGCUUUUACACCUCUCGCACCUCCAGCAGCACAUGCAACAACUUCAGCAAGAACUAAUGAAGAAACGAAUAUUUUUGGAUCUGUUCCAAGGCUUUCUGAAUCAUCACUCUAUGUACCAUAUUCUCUUGCUCAAUCCUCGCAUCUCCUACUGCAGCCCUGUCCUGCAGGAUGCUUACAGUGCAGGCGGACAUUUUCUCUGGUGCCUGAUAGUGAUACCCACUUGAGCACAACUCCUGAUGAUCAACAGCUUAUAAAGGAAACAUGCAAUAGAACCCAAGAAGCAGUAGAUUUGUCAGAUAGAUCGUGGCAAACGGGCAGUCCAAGCGGCUGAUAAAAAAACGCAACAUUCUAGUUCAUCAAGACUUUAUUAAAAAUUUUUUAUUUAUUUUGCAUCUAUUGAAGUAAAGACAAUAAUAUCAUGUAUAUAACUAUUUACAAUAAAUCAAAAGAAAUUAUAACUUGCUUCUGAAAAAAAAAACACUAAAAUUUUGCAAAUAAUUAUGUUUUUGCGUUUGAUAAAAUCUAACAAUAAAUUUGUAGAUACGAGAAUACCAGGAAAUUGUGUAAAAAUAUUUAAUGUUUGCUGUAUAAUGUUAUUGGGUAUAGAAAUAAUGUAUAUAUGUUGUAAAUUAUAUAGAAAUACCAAAGAAGUCAAAUAACUGUAAAU